AUGGUGGUCCUCGUGCUGCUGGGGUUGGGCUACCCAGCGGAGGCGACGACGUCAUGCAAGGAUUGUUCGGCGCAGUGCAACUCAACAUGCAGCGCUGCCAAUUUCGCCGGGGCGGGGACGUGCCGCACGGACUGCAGCCCGGCGCCGGCUUGCUUGGGCUGCCUUGGCAGCCUCCCCAUCUACCAAGCCAAGUGCAUUGUGGGAUGCUCAAGUGCGUGCAAAGUCCAAAGAGGUGCUUCAUAUGACUGUGAAAGCUUUUGCAAAGACUACUGCAGCGACCGAAGCGGCUUGUGCAGCAGCGUCUGCGCUGAGUCGCCGGCGUGUAGGGCAUGCAAGGAAAACUAUUCUGGUGGGUGCAAAUCCUGCUGCACCUCUUACUGCAAAUGCCACUGCGUCUAA